GCAGACACCCGUGAGUUGAUGCGAAAUCUUGAGUCAGUUGACUGAGCGAGGAGUGAUGUCGAAACUGGUUGUUGUCGGUGGUGGUCGUGGAUUUAUUGGCAGAACCUUGCAAGCUGCUUUACAACGUCGAGGGCACGAAACUGUUCUUGUGUCAAGACAUGCCGGAGCUGGGCGUCUGACGUGGCAAGAUAUUGAAAAGUCUGGUUUGCCGUCGGAUACCAAAGCUGUGAUCAACCUUGCGGGACGGAAUAUAUUGGAGCCAGGUUCGCGAUGGACGGAGUUGUUCGAGGCGGAAGUUUGGAAUUCCCGUAUCAACACCACUAAGUUGCUGAGAGAUGCGAUUGUUGGUGCAGAAAAGCGUCCGGACGUGUUCGUUUCCACUUCGGCAGUCGGGUUUUACCAGCCGAACAACGCAAGAGAAUAUACAGAAGAAAGCGAGGGUGGUAAGGGGGAUUAUCUUGCUGAGUUGUGUGCUGCAUGGGAGGAUGCCGCGCAAAUUCCUGAGGAUGUUGCCGUUCGUCACGCAAUCAUCAGAAUUGGCAAGUACAAUAUCUGCGUCGUACUUGGCAGAGAUGGCGGAGUGAUACAGAACAUGUACUGGCCAUUCUUCUUUGGUGUGGGUGGACAUGUUGGGUCCGGAGGACAACCCUUUCCGUGGAUCCAUGUUGCUGACGUCGCCCGUUUGUUCGUGUACGCAGUGGAAAAUCCCCAGGUGAAGGGUGUGCUGAAUGGAGUCGCGCCGAAUUUAAUCAGCAACUCGCAGUUUGCGACCGCUUUAGGUCAAGCCAUGAAACGGCCUGCAAUAUUACCUGUGCCAAGUUUCGCCGUAAAUCUCAUGUUCGGUCCUGAAAGAGCGAAGAUCAUGUUAGAGGGACAGAAAGUACUGCCGAAACGAACCCUAGAAGCGGGGUUCUCCUUUAAAUACCCGAAUGUGGAAGACGCGUGCAAGCAGUGUAUAAACAUAAUGUUGGCAGUUGCGGCUGAGAUCAGUCAAGAGGCUCAAAAAGACAAGAUUCUGGACUGCGAAGAUCUCCCACCUAUUGAAAUUCCGCCCAACCAUCACAGACUUCAGCACACGUAUUGCUUAUGGUUCAGUCGAAAGAAACAGGGCAAGAAUACUUCGACGCAGAACUUCGAUCAGAAUCUGAAACGGGUCUACCGGUUCGCCACGGUAGAGCAGUUUUGGGAAGGUUACAGCUACCUCAAACGACCCAGCGAAUUGACGACCAAUUCGGAUUUUCACAUGUUCAAAGACGGCAUUAAGCCGCUAUGGGAGGACGAUGCAAAUCGGAACGGUGGAAAGUGGAUCGUGCGUUUGCGCAAAGGACUCUCGUCACGGUUCUGGGAAAUUCUGUGCAUGGCCAUGCUUGGCGAGCAAUUCAUGGUUGGCGAAGAGAUCUGCGGGGUGGUUGUGUCUGUGCGGUACGGGGAAGACAUAAUCGCGCUGUGGAAUAGGACAGCCAGUGAUCAGGCAACGACGGCCCGAAUUCAAAACACCAUCAAACGCAUUCUCAACCUCCCUCCCCAAACCGUGUUGGAAUACAAAACGCACAACGACAGUCUUCGCGACAGUUCCGGCUUUAGACAUGCGGAAACCUUUCGCCAGGGGGGCGUUGCAGCCAUGAGCUCGUGCGUGGUUUGCGGUCGCACCUGUGACGAGAAACUCAAGAAACGAAUAAUAGAGGUGCUUCAUUUCGAACAGUGUUCCAUCAAACAGUUCCUCGAGCUCAAUCACGUAAACCAUCGGAUAGAUGUACCGGAAUUUAACUUCAUCUGCCACUCUUGUGAUGACCUUGUCAGCGUCUGCGAUCUGUACAAACAGAAAUUUCACACGCACCUGUGUCAGCUGAGGCAGAGAUCCAUUUAUGAGACGCCAGUGGAGAACGUUGGAAUGCUGAAUGCGCCUGCAUCCUGGAGAGACGAGUUUUCGAAAGAUGAUCCAUUGAGAAUACAUGAUGAAGCACUUGUCAGAGGUCUGCAAAAUUGCGAAGUCAUUGUGAAAACCGAAGUUUUGGAAGAAACGGAUAAUGCUUCCGAAGAAGAUCGAAUAUCGUCUCAUGCACGUGAUCGCCCUCUGGGAGAAGUGGCGGAGAACAGCACAAUGCCUCCAUUACUUCUCGUCCUCAAACAGAAAACAGCUUCAGAAACUACUAGUUCAAAUAGAACUAGAUCGUCUCACGUUAAUGCUUCGUUGGAUUCUUUGACUGCGACUGAUGGCGUUGAUGUCGAAGGUUGCGGAUCUAUUACCGAUGCCAGACAGUACAAAAUCAUUGCCCCUCAGGACUCUGGCGCCUCACCGGACAAAGAAAACAGCAGAAGAAAGCGGAAAUCGAGUUCAAGUGCAAACGAGACGUUUGCCUCUACGGAAGACGAUCUACUGAGUUCAGGAAGACGAAGUGCUCUGUAUCCGAGAAAGCGAACACCACGUUCAGUAGCUUCCGAAGAAACGGAAGCUGAAGUCGGAGUGUCUAGCAGGUCAGCUUCUAAGAAACGGAAGGUAGAAUCCUUGGGAAAGAAGACCCUACCUGCGUUGUUGAAGUUCGAGCAGGCAUUGAAAGUCGAAUCCCAAAAUGCUCAAGGUUUUGAAGACUCAAUGAACGUGGCAUCUGGUGAUAAAGUUACAGGGUCGAGGAAGCGCAAAGCUUCGAAAACCCUGAAGAAAUCUGUACCUGAGAGCGACGCCUUAGAAUCUAUUCCUGUGGAAGAUUCAAAGGACCUAAUACAAGUCGACGUCGGACAUGAUUUUGUCGAAGAUUUUGGAGCUGAUGUUGAUGAGUCACCCAGCGAAACUUCUGAUCCUUCCGAAGCAGAAGAAGAAGAAGAAGAACCUGCUCCUAUAAAGAAAAAACGCGGUCGAAAACCGGGUACUCCGAACAAAAAACCUCUGAAGUCUGAACAGCUCGAUUCGAGUGAACCUAAAGUCCCCAAGUCUAAAUAUAUCGCGAGGCCUUGGAUCAAUUGCACCGUUUGCGAUUAUAAAACUCGUAGCCCCAAGAUCUACGCUGUGCAUAUUCGUGUGAAACACAGACUGGGUCCGUUCUUGAAAUGCGAUCAGUGCGACCAAGAAUUCCAGCACAACGAGCAGCUCCAAGUUCAUGUCAGCAAAAUUCAUUUGAAGCAACCACGGUUCAGUUGCGAAGAAUGCGGAAAAGCUUACUUUGGCUACAGAGCCUUUUUGAACCACAAGACGCUCAAGCAUCCGAAAUCGAAUGAAACUCAGAUUUGCGAAAUUUGCGGUGAUACAAUUUUGGCUAGCGGCGUUGCGAGGGAGCGACACAUACGGAAACACAAUCCAUCGAAACGCCCGGCGAGAACAUGUCAUAUCUGCGGCAAUGUUUACUACUAUGUUCUGGGUUUGCAAAAUCACCUCUUCAAAGCUCACGGGAUCGGUGAAGGAAUUCCGAAACAUUCUCGCGUCCGCAAGCGAUGCGAAUUAUGCGGAAGAAGUUGGUCGACGUGCGACUUUUACCGUCAACACAUGUACACAGUGCAUAAUAUCGAGGUCCCUGGUCUGAAAAGGUUCCAAUGUGCAUUUUGUCCUAAAGUUUUCCACGUGAAAAUGUUGUUGGAAUCUCAUACUCAUAGCCAUACGGGGGUGAAAAAGUACGACUGCGCGAGGUGUGGGUACGCGACCAAGUAUUAUUGUAACUGGGCAAAGCAUUUGAGAAAGGUUCACGGCGAUGAUCCGAAGCAGUAUUACAAGGAUCGCCCGCAUGCACAAAACCCUGCGAGUCAGAAUCCUCCGCCGCAGCCGGCUCUUCCCGCCCCGCCUCCACCUCCACCUCCUCCAGCAGAUUGAAGUUUAUUUUCCCGAGUUUUGUUUUGAUUGAUUUUUGCAGGUGGAAGAGUCGUUGACAUUGCUCUUUCGGGGAUUCCGAUUGGAAACGUACAAGUGCUUUAAAGUCGCAUGGAAUACUCAAUUCACCUUUUUUAAUUUUUCGUAUUCAGAAUACUUGGAAGUUUGCCAUGUGGAACUUGGGUGAAGUACAGUAAUGAACGGGGUGAGCAACCGAAGAGUGUAGUCUGCUUCCUGCCAUUGGACUGUAUGAUUGACCCGCUACUAGACCACGAAAAUAUGAAUACUUCCGGUAGUUUUGAACGCAUAAUUAUAAAAUUUUCUGUCGAAUGAAGUUGAGAUAAUAAAAAGCUGAAAAAUCCUGGCAUCAUCCGGAAAGCCCUAAGUUUUCGGCUCUUGAGGGGAGAAAUAAAUCCAAGUACGGAUAUUUUGGAGACCUGGAAUUGUGGUCGGCGCCUAGGAUGUUUAUGACAGGACAAUUUUUCAUCAAAAUUGAGGGUAAGUUCGUUGCAUCCGAUUAUUGUCCCUGAAAUGUGUGCAAAACGACUGGUAAACAUAUUGCAAUAGGAUUUCUUAUAGAAACGUUUUGAAAAUUGUUCUUUCCGUUCCACGGUGCUGACUACUUCUUCGUUUGAUAAUUUAUUAUUUUCCGUUCUUUCACCAUGUCCCACCUUCCUUUGACUAAGUAAUGCGUUCAAAACCGCGAACUAUUCAAGUUUUUUACGGUCGAUUAACUCGUAAACUAUCCUGUACUGUAUUGCAAAAUUAUUGAGCGAAUGUAUCCUCUUAAUUGAGUUACCCGCAAUUUAAAUUCGUCAAUAAAUUCAUGUCCGUGAAUUGGGAUUAUUUUCAGCAUAUUUUACUGACGGGUAAAAGGAUCGAAAUAAUUCACUUGUUCUCUCAUUUUGUCGUUCGACUGUAUGAGAACAUUGCUUGUGGCCUGCCCUGUAGUGUGCUGAAAUAUUCAAUAUCGUUUCCAUGCAUUUUCUAUGUGUUCUGAAAAUGGCAAAUUCAAUUAUAUAGAACCCGAAGAGGCUAUUCGUUAUCUUAAGAUAAUUUUGGAUUUGGGAAUUUCGCUCCGGUAAAUACAACUGUGAACCCAAUUUUGCGUUUAGCUGAAGAAAUGUCAGUUCGACAGCCAUGCUGGAAUCGUUUUCGGAGUGUAAAAGAUUUGGAUGAGGAUUUUUUUUUUACUUCGAUCAUCAGCUGAAAAAGUACAACAUUCGACCGCUAAAACGGUUUGAGAAAUCUUCCGUUUGCAAGAAUGUGGUUUUCGAAAAUUCUUUGCGGUCCCCGAAAGGGCAAACUUGUGACAAAACUUUCUUAGCAUUGUAUUUCUUUGUUGGUUUUUUUCAUGCUUCGUCGCUUUUUUUCCGCGAAUUCGGAAGAUGAUUCAAAUUGUUUGUAUGCCAUGACAUUACUUGCAAUCGUGUGUGCCGAUACCUGGUUGUAAGUUUUGUAAAUGCCUGAAUUCCGAGGGGAAAAAGCUUCGCAUAUUUGGACUUGUAAAA